UCUCAUACCAUAACUUAAACUACCUAAAGAUGGAUAUAGGUAAAAUUAUGUUAGUCUUCUUUUUCACUACCCUUUGCUUCUAUCUCCUAUGGACACUCAUAAAAUUCCUUCAUUCAGUAUGGUGGAUGCCACUUCAAACACAAAAUAAAAUGAGCUCUCAGGGAGUUAAAGGUCCCCCUUAUAGCUUUCCCCAUGGGAAUACCAAAGAUAUAUCACUCAUGAGAAGCCAAACUAUGGAUAAACCUAUGGUGGAUAUUUCUCAUGACAUUUUCCCAAGAAUUCAACCUCAUGUUUACACAUGGACAAGGAUGUAUGGGAGGAAUUUCCUAACUUGGCAUGGCUCAAAACCAUACUUAUUUGUCACUGAACCAGAGCUUAUCAAAGAAAUAUUGUCCAAUAAAGAAUACACUUAUCCGAAAAUGGACAUGGAAGGCUAUGCGAAGAAACUACUAGGGGAAGCACUUAUAACAAAUGAAGGUGAAAAAUGGGCAAAAGUAAGAAAACUUGCCAACCACACUUUCCAUGCAGAAAGCCUGAAACGUAUGGUGCCAGAAAUGAGUGAAAGUGUUCAAAAAAUGCUGGAAAGAUGGAAAGAACAUGAAGGGAAAGAGUUCGACGUGUUCAAGGAUUUUGGACUGUUAACAACUGAAGUAAUUUCCAGGACAGCAUUUGGAAGCAGCUACAUGGAAGGCAAACAUAUUUUCGAGAUGGUGGCAAAAUUGACUGCAAUAACUGUAAAAAAUGUUUACACUGUCAGAUUUCCUGGAAUCAGUAUGCUACUAAGAACAGAUGACGAAAUUGAAGCAGAGAAACUUGAAAGAGGGAUCAAGAGCUCCGUUCUUGAGCUAGUGAGGAAAAGAGAAAAGGAUCAAGAUGGGAAGUAUGAAAAUUUUGGAACUGAUUACCUAGGGCAACUUAUGAAGCUUUUGCACGAAUCCGACAUGAACAAGAGUAUCACAAUAGAUCAAAUGAUCGACGAGGUCAAGACAUUGUAUGGUGCUGGUCAUCUUACAACGACAAGCUUACUUGGAUGGUCUGUUUUUCUCUUAGCACUUCAUCCCGAAUGGCAAGAAAAAGCCAGAAAGGAAGUGGUUGCAUUCUGUGGCCUUGAAAAACCAACUUCUGAUGCAAUUGCAAGACUAAGAACAAUGAAUAUGAUACUUAAUGAAUGUAUGAGACUGUAUCCUCCAGUUAUUACAGUGACAAGGAAAGUUGAACGCGAAGUUAGACUAGGGAGCAUGACUCUUCCAGCUAACAUGACAAUUUUCAUGCCAAUUCUGGCACUGCACCAUGAUCCUCGAAUAUGGAGUGAAGAUGUUCACAUUUUCAAACCAGAGAGGUUUGCAGAAGGGGUAGCUAAAGCAACUAACAACAAUGCAGCAGCAUUUUUCCCCUUUGGAUUGGGACCUCGUACUUGUGUUGGGCUGAAUUUCACAACCAACGAAGUAAAGAUUACUUUGUCGAUGAUUUUGCAGCGUUAUAAGUUCACUCUGUCACCUAAUUAUGUGCAUUAUCCAUCUGAUAUUUUCCUUUUGACUCCCAAAGAUGGAGUUAAAGUUGUCCUUGAGUCCAUUUAGGUGUAUCAAUGUCUCUACAUAAUGUACAAUAAAUAAAUGUUAUGAAAAACAAAGCUUCUGAUUCA